AUGUUCUCAUUUCUUCCCACAGUCAACCUCCCGACGCUCGUCCUCCUCCAUGCCCUGGGUCUCACCGCGCUCGGCACAUACCUCACCUUUACUCGGAUUCCUACGACACUUGGGAUAGCAAGCACGGGCCUAGGUCUGUCUUACCUCUUCACAUCCUACGUGCCCAUCGAAGAAAAUCAAUUCCUCCACGCCAGCGUACCAGUGCGCAUGAUUCUGGCAGCUUUGGCAGCUGCGCGGCUUCCGACUGCGCCCAAAUCGGAGCGCAAGAGUCUAAUGAUUCUCAUUUUGUAUGAUUUUUUGGGCGGGUUGAUGGUGGGAUAUAUUCUUGGCCAGUGGAAUGGGAAACUCCCGGGGUAUUGA